AAAAAGCUCUCCCCACAAAAAAAAAGCUCUCCCCACAAAAAAAAAGCUCUAAAACCCUACUAAUUUCUAAUGUAAAACAAAAAAAGCCCUAGUUCUCUUCUUCUUCGUUGGCCUUUACUCUCAACCUCUCAUCACCUUUGUCCUUUGUCCUUUGUCUAGAUAUGUUUGGCUUAACAGCGGUUUCUCCCAACAGAACCGCUACACUUGGAGCAGUGAACCCUUCAGUUCCCAAGACCGAUCUUCUUCGACUAAACUGUUCUAAUACCUAUAGAAGACGUCUGUGUCCUCUACCGGUAAUGCCUUCUUCAGCUAAGUAUUUGUACCUGUUGCACUCACGGUGUGCUACUUUCAAAGCAAUGGCAGCUCAGGAAACAGUGGCACAUGAAACAGCAGUGGAAACUCAUUCUGGUAAUAAACAGGCACUAAUAUCACUGUCAGACAAGAGAGACCUAGCUUUAUUGGGGGGUGCGCUUCAGAAAUUGGGCUACACAAUUGUGUCAACUGGAGGGACAGCUUCUGCUUUAGAAACUGCUGGGGUGUCUGUUACAAAAGCAGAACAACUUACUCGUUUUCCUGAGAUGCUUGAUGGUCGUGUAAAAACUUUACACCCAAAUAUUCAUGGAGGUAUUUUGGCUAGAAGAGACCAAAAGCAUCAUAUGGAGGCUCUAAAUGAACAUGGAAUUGGUGCAUUUGAUGUUGUGGUGGUGAACUUGUACCCCUUUUAUGAUACAGUUACUUCGACUAAAGAAAUUGAGUUUGAACAUGGAAUUGAGAACAUUGAUAUUGGUGGUCCUGCCAUGAUAAGAGCUGCUGCCAAGAAUCAUAAAGAUGUCCUGGUUGUUGUUGAUUCACAAGACUAUCCCGCGCUUUUAGAAUUUCUAAAAGGAAACCAAGAUAAUCAACAAUUUCGUAGAGAGCUUGCAUGGAAGGCUUUUCAGCAUGUUGCUUCUUACGAUUCUGCAGUUGCAGAGUGGUUGUGGAAGCAGACAACUGGAGGUAAAUUUCCUCCUAAUAUCACAGUGCCCAUGACACUUAAAAGCUCCCUUCGUUAUGGUGAAAAUCCUCAUCAAAAGGCUGCAUUUUAUGUUGAUAAGAGUCUUUCUGAAGUUAAUGGUGGUGGUAUUGCAACUGCUAUUCAACACCAUGGGAAGGAAAUGUCAUACAAUAACUACUUAGAUGCUGAUGCAGCCUGGAAUUGUGUGGCAGAGUUUAGAAAACCUACAUGUGUAGUUGUAAAACAUACAAAUCCUUGUGGUGUAGCUUCUCGUGAUGAUAUCCUUGAAGCUUAUAGACUUGCUGUAAAAGCAGAUCCAGUGAGUGCAUUUGGUGGUAUUGUUGCCUUCAACAUAGAAGUUGACGAGGCUCUUGCUAAGGAAAUCCGAGAAUUCAGAAGUCCAACAGAUGGUGAAACCAGGAUGUUCUAUGAGAUUGUGGUUGCGCCCAAGUAUACAAAGAAAGGGCUUGAGAUCCUCCGUGGAAAAUCAAAGACUUUAAGGAUCCUUGAGGCAAGAAACAAUGAGAAAGGAAAACUUUCCCUUAGACAGGUUGGUGGUGGGUGGUUAGCCCAGGACUCUGAUGAUAUAACCCCUGAGGACAUACAAUUUAAAGUCGUUUCUGAGAAGGCUCCACAAGAAAGUGAGCUUUGUGAUGCAGAGUUUGCAUGGUUGUGCGUCAAGCAUGUCAAGAGCAAUGCUAUUGUGAUAGCAAAGAACAACUGUAUGUUAGGAAUGGGAAGUGGGCAGCCAAAUCGUCGGGAGAGUUUAAGGAUAGCUUUGAAGAAAGCCGGAGAUGAGGUCAAGGGAGCGGCUUUGGCUAGUGAUGCUUUCUUCCCAUUUGCUUGGAAAGACGCUGUGGAAGAAGCAUGUGAGAGUGGAAUUGGUGUUAUUGCUGAGCCUGGGGGGAGCAUCAGAGAUGGGGAUGCCAUAGACUGCUGCAACAAGUAUGGUGUAUCGCUUGUCUUCACAAAUGUGAGGCACUUUAGGCAUUGAUGACGAAGCUGAUACCACCAUUUGAAAGAAUUCAGUUACGGGUGGCUCAAUUUUGGUUGGUCUGCUUUCCCUUGCAAAAUAAGUCAUUUGUACUUUAGAGGCAUUGGUGACAAUUUUGUAAUUAACUUGGUCUAUGCAAAAAUAUGGAGGAGUUGCUCGUUCA